AUGGGCGACCAGCUCACGAGCUGGGAUAAUAAAAGCAUAUUGUUUAACGACGAAAGCUGCACCAACUACCACAAUAAAACGAUCCACCUGCAAGAACUUGACAGUAUCUUUGCAGUCAUUUCUCCUGCUGAUGAUAGCGUAUCAAACCCCGUCAAUAUGGUUUGGGGCCUCUGGCCCCCAAAUUUCAACUUUAGCUCAUCGCAGAAUGCUCCCUACUGGACUAGUCGCAAAGCAGAGGGUGAAGAUGGUCGGGUCAGAUGGUCUUUAGAAUCUAUCUCAGAGUACUUCAGCAACUACACACGGUACCAAAAUAUUUCUGAGAUUCAAUGUUUCCCCUUGGAAAUGAACAAAACCACUCAAGCGCCUUAUAAUAUCUCAGCUAGCUUGGCAUCGGGAUACAUGCCGCUAGGGCCCUUAGACGUACCCUCAUGCAAUGAAGCCGGACGUCUGGAAACAUCUACGUUCAAUUUUUGGGAGUUACGGAGGAACACGGUUAUCAAUUUUCAGUUCGACAGCAAGACUCUGAACGCUACUGUCUAUGCGAAUGGCACUGACAUGGUCAUAAACAUGGACAAGAAGAUCUCGGGCGUGUUGAAAAUUACCAUGACUGGCGUCAUCGACCCAUGGCACUCAGACUUCCUUUCAGACAAUAGUACCACACCCUCUUGGAAACGCACAGUGGGAUACGAUGAAAACUACUAUGGGUACGACUUUAGUAGCGGAGCCAUGAGUCGUAAUUCCGAAACGGCGGUUUCUAUUGCUGCUGCGUUGUUUUCUACGGUUUUGAUGCUCAUCUAA